ACCCCCCACCUUCUCUGCCUUCCUGAAUAAUCCACCUCUCUCUCUUUCUCUCUAAAAAUCCUCUCUAAAGUAAACCUUUCUUUCUUUCAAUCAAUUAGUUUCUCCAAUUAAGGGAAAUACAUGUUGAUGAUGGAUGUUAAAGGCAACAGCAACAGCUCCUCCUCCACCACACAAAGUGAUGAGGAGAUGAUGGGUGACUUAAGAAGAGGUCCAUGGACUGUUGAAGAAGACUUCAAGCUUAUCAAUUACAUUGCUACUCACGGCGAGGGACGCUGGAAUUCUCUGGCUCGUUGUGCAGGUCUCAAACGAACUGGAAAGAGUUGCAGAUUAAGAUGGCUCAACUAUCUAAGGCCUGAUGUUCGACGUGGAAACAUUACUCUUGAAGAACAACUCAUGAUCCUUGAACUUCAUUCUCGAUGGGGCAAUCGAUGGUCUAAAAUUGCACAACACUUGCCAGGGAGAACCGACAAUGAAAUCAAGAACUAUUGGAGAACCCGAGUACAAAAGCACGCAAAGCAGCUUAAAUGCGACGUAAAUAGCAAGCAAUUCAAGGACACCAUGAGAUACCUAUGGAUGCCUAGGUUAGUUGAAAGAAUUCAAGCUGCGGCAGCUGCCACUGCCACCAACACCAGCAGCACCAGCACUGCCACCGUCUCUGCUCCUGCCACCAAUCAGCACUCAAUCAGCAAUCGUGACGUGGGCACCGGGAACCUGGUCAUGGCACCACAUGGGAUCAACGGCAAUGACUUUGGUGUCUCACAUGUUACACAAAGUUACACCCCGGAGAAUUCUAGCACUGCUGCCUCAUCGGACUCGUUUGCUACUCAAGUUUCGCCUGUCUCGGACUUGACUACUGAUUAUUACAAUAUCCCGGUUAAUCGUAACACCAAUCCGGAUUAUUUCCAAGCCGGCCAAGUUGGCUACUCGGAGUCCAUGAUUAGUCCACCUGGUUUUUUUAACCACGGGUUAGAUUUCCAAGCCAUGGAGCACAGCAGCAAUCAAUGGCCAAUGGACAGUGGGGACACAUCGGACAAUAUGUGGAAUCUUGAGGAUAUUUGGUUCUUACAGCAGCAGCUAAACAACUUGUGAAAAGGGAAAAUAAUAUGGGUGAGAGCGAAGGUUAAAAUGCAGAGAAAUACAAGAUCAUGGGGGCUAGUAUAGCUAGCCAGAGAAAAAAAUCAUCUAUAGAAUAAUCAAUGAUACUUAUAGAAUUUGUGAUAGAAAGAGGGUCUAAUUGUGGAUUAUUUGGUUUGUAUUUCUCUCUCUUUUUUUGGUGGGAAAUUUGUAAUUUGAGGCUUUCUUAAUCUUAUUCUUUAACAUUAACUUUCAA